AUGAAGACUGUUUACAAUAACGUUGUGAUCUUGAUUCCAGGCACAAAGAACACCCCCCUUCAGAUCAGUGCUAUGGUCAUUAGCCUGGGCUACUUCAUCUUCGAUAUGGGCUGGUGUGUGUACUUCCGCACAGAGGGCCCGGUGAUGCUGGUCCACCACACGAUGAGCAUCCUGGGUAUCUUGUUGACCCUGAGCUUGGGGGAAUCGGGCAUUGAGUCCUGCGCCGUAAUCUUUGCUAGCGAGAUCACCAACCCCCUGCUGCAAACUCGCUGGUUCCUGAGACAGUUGGGUCGCUAUGAGAGCCUGACAGGGGAGGUGGUGGAUGUUCUGUUUGUGGUGCUAUUUGUGUUCAUGCGCAUAGUGGUUGGCGGGAGGAUGUUGUACUGCGAGCUCAUCUCCCCACGGCCCAGGUUAAUUAUAAAGUGUGGGGGAGUUGCCAUGUAUGUGCUGUCCUGGGUGUUCAUGGUGGACAUUGGUCGUUUCGCCUACUGCAAGAGUCAAUCCAAAUACAGACGCUGGAGAGAUCAACACAAAUUGGCAGCAGUUAAUGGACAUGUCCGAAAGACCGACUGA